AACCUAACCUAAGUGGAAGUAAGUUCUUAGUUCAUGGAAGUACUUGUAAAUUGUGAUAAGCCGUGGAAGAAACCAUCAAAUUAAAACUUUAUGCGACAGUGCGUUCUCACAUGCCAGUUCUUAUCUCGCUCGUGAACUCUAAUAAUUCUUUUGCAUAGCAUAUACUUUUGAAUCAAUAGAAUGGCCAGUAACAUACUCAUCAAAUGGCGACAAGCUUUUUUCAGUUUUGAACAGCAUUUUCGAUUAACAUUUGGUUUACAGCGAUUUCCAGAUGAUUUAUCUGUUGCCUUAACAAACAAUCACCCAAUCCCAACAAAUACAUUCUCAAGGAAAGAAUUUAGCAUCAAAGAUAUCAUCGGUGAAGGAAUUCUAUGGGCUGUCCCUAAAAAAAGACGCACUCUUGAGAGGCGCCAGCUAAGGAGGUUUGGCAUGCUGGAUCGCCAUUUUAAAAUGUUGAUACCAAAAACAGACAUUAUAACUUGCAAUGUUUGUGGCCAUGACUAUGAAAGAAGACACCUUUGCGGGAAUUGUUAUGCCAAAGUGAAGAAGGAAACUGAAAGUAUCAAAGAGAAGAUAGAGGCUGAAUUAGGUCUAGAGCCCGUUGAGCAAGAAGUAAUCGUUUUGUACAAAGGAGAAAAAGAACAACAGCCCUCCGAAUAUUGGCAGGGGAAAAGAAUUGUAGAGAUUGACAAGGAACGUCCCGCAUGGUUCAGCAAAAAUCUAAUGGAAAAAAGCACUGCUGGAACAUCUGAUUGUGUCGAUGUAAAACCUACAGAGCUCGCUUAAAUUUGGAGUACUGCCUGAUAUGAAUAUUGUUGAUCCUUUUUUUUAUGUUUUAUAGUAUAUUUUAAGUCAAAUGUGCGAAUUAUGGUGCAGAUAAACGGCUUGAAUGAUACUUUUCCUAUGUAUGAUUGAUUCCAUUUGGAGCUUACAAAAAACUUCUUCUUGUGCUAUGAAAAGGAAGAUACAGUUUUCUUAUCCUUCAAUCUUCUUCACUCAAGCAUCAAUGAAAAGCAAUUGUCAAAAAACCUCAUUCCAUGAAAAGUCUCAUUUUAAACCAAAAUGCAAGCACCAGCAAUGAAAAUAAAAACCUGAAAACUUAGUCUUUUUUCAGGAAUGUAAAAUUCAUUGAAUAAAAUAGUAAUAAAAUAAAAAAGUGUCACAUAUGUAUGAUUCUUUUAAAACAAGAUCCUGUAUUAAAAAAAUUCAUGAAUAAAUAAACACAGAAAAUGGG